AGUGUCAGUAUAAACCACGGUCUUCCUGUGAGGUGAUGGCGACUGGACAAUUGGACGAUGUGUUGCGGCAGCUGGGCACCGGGCCAUGGAACUUACUUCACUUCCUCGUUGUGGCCUAUGGCGUGUCACUACCAUCGCCCCACACCCUGGCUGGGGCCUUCCUAGCUCCCAAGGUGAACUAUACCUGCACUUCCUAUGGUGAUGAUGACUUCGACGCCUCAAACAACACCUACCACACCACCACACUCAUCACCAAAGACGAGUGUAGUGUGGUGCAACAGUUGGAGCCGUCUGGGCUGGUGGAGGAGCACUUCUGUACACAGUGGCUCUUUGAUACUUCCACCUUCACUACCACCGUGACAGCGGAGUUCUCGCUGGUGUGUGAGUGGGAGUACUUAAGAGCCACUUAUCAGAGCAUUUACAUGUUGGGAGUGUUUGUUGGAGCGCCACUUAACGGCUUACUGGCUGACAGGUACGGACGCAAGAGAACACUCGGGAUAGCGUACGUGAUCUAUACUAUACUGUCCGUGGUCUCCUCAUGGCUACCGGGCUUCACCCUCCUCCUAUUGUCCAGGUUCAUACUAGGCACGACACACGCCACCAUACUGAAAACUGGGUUCAUUCUGGCGAUGGAGAUGUCGUCCCCGAACGUCAGAUCAGUAUUGGGUAUCACAGUGUACUUACCCUGGGCACUGGGCACGAUGGCUUGGGGGGGCGCGGCUUACCUGCUGAGAGAGUGGCGGUGGUUGCAACUGGCAGUGUCCUUACCAUGGUUCCUUCUGCUGCCUGCUGUCUGGUUUAUGGACGAGUCUCCGCGGUGGCUGAGUGUACGGGGCCGCUACCAAGAGGCGCUGGCAGUGUUGAAGAGAGCUGCUAGAUGGAACAAAGCGGCGCUCCCUCCUGACCCCAGACUACUCCUUAUUCUACAGGAUAACCAACACGAGGUCAUCAGGGGGGUCAAGGACAACCAGGAAGGGUCAUCACUCAAGCGCAAGCUUUCCAACGUUUUCAUACUCUUCAGGACCCCAAGACUAAGGGUCAUCAGCAUGGUGACCUUCGUGGACUACCUGGUGGUGGGGAUGGUCUACUUCGGGUUGUCACUGAGCGGAGACCACUACACCAGCGACGUCUUCACCUACAUGGUCCUCACAGGGGUCAUGGAGCUGCCCGCCUACACCCUCAUGGCCCCGGUAGUGGCUCGCUGUGGUCGUCGGCUGCCCUUAGCGACCGGUUACCUGUUGAGUGCUGUAGUGCUGUUGGCUUUGACCGUCUUGCCCUCUGGUGGCGGGUGGGUGGUGAUGAGUCUGGCUAUGGCUGGGAAGGUAACGAUUAGUGUGGCGUUUCAAGUUCUGAACCUCCAGGCCUCCGAGCUGUUCCCGACGGAGGUGAGGACCCGAGGGGCGAGCACUGCCUUCAUGAUGUCUCGCGUCGGCUCCAUGGCCUCCCCCUUCAUCACCGAGUACCUGGGCUCUGUGUACCCGUGGGCACCAUCGGUGAUGUUCGGGGUAUCGUCAGUGGUGGCGGGUGUGGCAACACUGGCGCUGCCGGAGACCCUCGACGCCGUGCUGCCAGACACGAUCGCUCAACUGGAGAACAGACGCGACGAUGAUGAAUACAGAGGUUUCUUAAGGCUUCCAACCAAAGCUUCAAAACAACCACCCCAAGAGCUCCAGUACCUCCACCACCACACUACCAAACACUGACUACCACAACCGACACACCAGUAUUCUUUGAUCUAAAACAGCCAUAACUACAAUCUCGUUUACCACAACUGCGACCACCAUAACCAAGACUACCACGACAACCACAACUGCAACCAUGACUACCACAACCACGGCCACCACAACUGCAAUAACUUCAUCCACAACCACAACCACGACUUUUACAACUACAACCAGUUACAACCCCUACGACCACAACGGUAACCCAAAUUGUAAAAACCACACCAUGACUUGACAUGGUGUGGUAAGGCCUGGAACAGUGUGGAUAUCUCAUGGUGUGGUAAGGUCUGGUCUGAAUCUGCGGUGAUGUCUUAAACCGCUGUUAAAGUGUAACUAUAAACCACGCGUUUUAAUAAAUAAAAAAAAUGGA